AUGUACGAGGAAGAUUUCAGGAAUAUGGUUGAAGAGAAUAGGAACAGCAGUGACUCUUCCUCUGCCUACACGAUGAGUGCCAUACUGCUCACUGCCUACUCAGUUGCCUUUGCUGGAGGUGUGAUUGGGUCCAUCAUUAUGUCAUUGGUGCUGGUCAAGAUGACCACUCUCUCUGUGACCACUACGGCCAUCAUAAACCUGGUCAUUGUGCACAGCCACCUCCUUUUCACAGUGCCCUUCUGCCUGCACUACUGUGUCAAAAAGAAGGGGGUAUGCAAGAUACCAUUUUGCAAAAUGGUGAGAGCAAUGGUGCACAUCCAUAUGUACCUGACCUUCCUUUUCUAUGUAAUCACACUGGUGAUCCAGUGGAUUAUCUUCUUUCAGUGAAAGGACAAGGUGGAGUUUUACUGGAAGCUGCAUGCCACUAAAUCAAGUGCUGCUGUGUGGGUCUUCGUCAUGGUCUUCGUGGUGCCAGUUCUGUACUAUGAGUAAGGAAGCUCAGGCUCAUACAAUGAUACAACAUGCUUUAAAUUCCACAAAGAAUUACAGCAGGAGAGUGUAAAAGCCCUGAACUACACCAUAAUUGCAGUUGUUUCCUGCAUUACUUGUGUCCUCUUGGCCUUGCAGAUUUUCAUCCUGGUAAAAGUAGCAAGAAAACUUUCUACCUCCCUCUGGUCACACCAAGAGUUCUGGGCCCAGGUGAAAAACCUGAUUUUCAUCUGUGUCAUCAUAGUUUGCUUCCUUCCAUAUCACCUCUUUAGGGCCUACUAUAUACAGCAUGUGAAUGAUUUUGACCAAUUAGAAAGCUACAAUGAAGUUAUUUUGAGUCUGUCUGCCCUCAGCUGUUUGUACCUUUUGUCAUUCAUGCUGGGUGGCAGUCGCCCCUUCAAGCAAAACGUGGUCAUGCUGCAAAGCAGGUUGUCUUGCUGCUAG